AUGGGUCAGCAACAAGUACACUGGGUAAAGAGAGAGGAGACGGUAUGGUGCAACCGUGUCGUUGAGACAAAAGAAUCCUCUCUGCGAUUGUGCGCCACUGAACCACGGCCGAAAGGUAAUGCGGCAGCCAGCCAACAACCCAUUUGGAGGGUGGCUCAGUCUCGACCUGGCCAAGGGUGGGGUGUGAACGAGUUGAUGCCGAUCAUCGUAUUUCCUGCCGCGGACGAAAAGGAAGAAGGGGAAAGAAAAAGGGGCAUUAUGCCGUUGUCGCCAGCCUCUGUAACCCCACCUGUGCAACAAGGACACGGCCCGCCAGGUCACGGCGCCAGUGGAUCAAGAGCCGCCCGAAGUUUUGCAAGUUACCGGAGGCCUGAGUGGGACAGUCGCGGCGAGGGGUUCGGUUCUAAAGUUUUGGAGGCCAUCGAGGUCCGUAGCUGGCAGCGACACCCUGGCAAGGCUAGCCGGCCCCCCGAAGAUUGA